GGUCCCACUGGCUCCCCAGCUGACUUCAAUUUUUGCGGCACAUUGUAGUAAGCUUUGCUUUAUUUUUCGAAAUACUUUUUCUGCUAAUAUGUCGGACAAGGCUUUAAAUAUUGGCGAUCAGUUUCCGAACUUCGAGGCCGAGACCAAUGAGGGGAAGAUCGAUUUUUACGAAUGGAUGGGGAAUAGCUGGGCUAUCCUGUUCUCCCAUCCGUCGGACUAUACUCCCGUAUGUACCACGGAAUUGGCUCGUGUUGCAUCCUUGGUUCCGGAAUUCUUGAAGAGGGGCGUCAAACCAAUUGCGUUAUCCUGCGAUACGGUUGAGUCGCACCAAGGAUGGAUCGAGGAUAUCAAGAGCUUCGGCAAGCUCAGAAGCUUCGAUUAUCCCAUCAUUGCCGACGACAAACGUGAGCUGGCUGUGAAGCUCAACAUGCUGGACAAGGAUGAGCUCAACGCGGAUGGCAUUCCCCUCACAUGCCGUGCUGUUUUCAUAAUCGACGAAAAAAAGAAGCUGCGCCUGUCGAUCCUUUACCCGGCGACCACUGGUAGGAACUUUGAUGAAAUACUUCGAGUUAUAGACUCACUGAAGUUGACGCAAACGAAGAGCGUGGCCACGCCAGCAGACUGGAAACCGGGCACCGAUUGCAUGAUCCUGCCAACAGUAAAGACCGAGGACAUUUCGGAACUCUUUCCCAAUGGAGCCGUAUGUGUUGCAGUGCCUUCUGGCAAGUCUUAUCUACGAUUUGCACCCCAACCAUAGGCAUAAUUACCUUUUAAACAUGACUUUAUUACAAAAAAAUAUUAAAAUACAAAUUAACAACAAAAUAA